UCCCGGCGGCCCUUGAACGCAACAGCAAGCAUUAGCUCAGCACAGAGAGAGGGAUUGGGAUCCAGAGAGGGAAGGAAGGAAGGAAAGAGAGAUACAAGCUAAACAGGUGGUCUGAAAAAUCUAGAAAACAAUGUUCUGCAGGGAGAAGCAGAGCGACGUUUAGUCCUCCAUUUCCCCCCAGAGAGGAACCGGGAUAACCUCGGACAACAACAACAAAAAGCCCCUCCAUGCUCCUGCCUGCUUCCCAUUCGGAUUUGUCCUCCUCGUCUCGGCUUUGCUCCGAACCUGGGGAAGUCCUGGGAUCCUGAGCCAUGAAAGUGACCGUGUGCUUCGGCAAGACCCGGGUGGUGGUUCCGUGCGGGGAUGGUAACCUGAAGGUCCACGCGCUCAUCCAGCAGGCUGUCAUGCGCUACAAGAAGGCUAUCGCUAAGGAUGCAAACUACUGGUUGCAAGUCCAUCGACUUGAGCAUGGUGACGGUGGGAUCCUAGACUUGGAUGAUGUGCUUUGCGAUGUGGCCGACGACAAAGACAGACUGAUAGCCAUCUAUGAGGAGCAGGAGCCCCAUCAUGGAGGCGACGGCACCAGCGCCAGCUCCACGGGGACGCAGAGUCCAGACCUGUUUGCCGCCGACCUCGGUGCUGGCAGCGGGACCUCCUCAGCUUUCCAGCCCUAUCAGAACGCCAGCGAGAUCGAAGUGACGCCUUCGGCCCUGCGCACCAAUAUGCCUCUCCACGUCCGGCGCAGCAGCGACCCCGCCCUGAUCACCAUCAACGGGCCGUUCAGCACCUUGGAAUCACGAGUCCAAGCUGAAGAGACUCCAUCCAGAAAGAACCCGACUCGCUGGUCCACCACUGCAGGCUUCCUGAAGGCUCGCCAUUACUCAGGCACAAGCAGCCUGGAGAGAAAGAGCAAAGGUUUAGACACGUACCGCAGCUUGCCGCGGGAUGCUGGGACCUGGUCGAAUCAGCGUGAGUUUCAGAGAGACACGGCCAGGUCAUCGCUCAGUGCCAAUCACCCCAUGGUGGACCGCUGGCUGGAAAAACAAGAGCAGGAGGAGGAGACCAGGGAGAAUGAGAACGGGCGAAUCGAGCCGGUUGGCCGAGCAGACUCCUGCAUGGAGCACACUCCUGUCUCGUCUUUAGAAGACAUUGUCAAAGUGGUGGAGGUGUCAAACGACGGCGGGCCCCUGGGGAUCCACGUGGUGCCUUUCAGUGGCAGGGACCGCAGGACUCUUGGCUUGUUGGUCAAGCGUCUGGAGAGGGGAGGGAAGGCUGAACACCAGGGCCUUUUCCAGGAGAACGACUGCAUCAUUCGUAUUAAUAACGGAGAUCUGAGAAACAUCCGAUUCGAACAAGCACAGAAUAUGUUCCGCCAGGCCAUGCGUUCUCCUGUGAUCAUGUUCCACGUGGUCCCGUCCUCCCUGAGGGCCCACUACGAGCAGCUCUCACAUGCAGAGAGGAACCCUUCUUUCCAUUCUGGACGCUUUAGUCCAGACUCCCUAUCAGGAGUCGACCACAGCUCACAGAGGAUAACACGCCACGGUUCCCAAACCCACCCUCAUCCUGCCACCCACACCCACCCAGACCCAAACAAUGGGUAUCCACAUUUGACCCACCCUGCUGUCUCCGCUGCCAAACCUCCCACAGGCCACACCCACUCACCUCAGAGGGCGCUGAACUCCACGCCAACGACGGGAUAUAUGAAAAAAGUGGGGAGGAGGCUCAACAUUCAGCUUAAGAAAGGCCCUGAAGGACUCGGCUUCAGCAUAACCUCACGUGACGUUCCCAUCGGGGGUUCUGCUCCAAUCUACGUCAAGAACAUACUUCCUCGCGGAGCCGCCAUCCAAGAUGGCCGGCUUAAGGCGGGAGACCGGCUGCUGGAGGUAAAUGGGGUGGACCUGAAUGGACGGACCCAGGAGGAGGUGGUGUCGUUGCUCAGGAACACGCCUAUGGGUGGGGCAGUGGGGCUGCUGGUUCUACGCCAGGAGGACGCUUUCCUUCCCCGUGAAGUGAGCGCUGAACCCCAGAAGCAGACCCACAGAGACUUGAAAACGGAUGAGGAUGAGUUGGUCCUGACUCCCGAUGGGACCAGAGAGUUCCUGACCUUUGAGAUCCCACUCAGUGACUCGGGCUCAGCGGGUUUAGGUGUCAGUGUUAAAGGCAACCGCUCCAAGGAAAAUCAUGCAGAUCUUGGCAUUUUUGUCAAAUCAAUCAUAAAUGGUGGAGCAGCAUGCAAGGAUGGACGUUUGAUUGUAAACGACCAGCUGAUCGCUGUGAAUGGAGAAUCGCUGUUGGGGAAAACCAACCAAGAUGCCAUGGAGACGCUGCGGAAGUCCAUGUCAACUGAAGGCAACAAACGAGGGAUGAUCCAGCUUAUAGUGGCCAGACGAGUUGCCAAGAGAAAUGAGGAGACUUCAGGGAGCCAACUGGUACCUCAGCAGACGGCAAACACAACUCUGGACGAUCACGAGCGCAGAAUCUCCCACUCUCUCUAUGGAGGCCUGGAAGGCCUGGAUGACAACUUGAUGCCACGCCAAGGAAUGAUUCCACGCACAAUAGUACUAGAGCUGAGGCUAAUGGCAUUUCACGAGCACAUGAGAACUCACAACCCGAUGAGUCCAGAUGAAAACGAUCCAGACGUUGCUUUCCAAAGGGAAGGAUUUGGACGACAGAGCAUGUCGGAGAAACGCACCAAGCAGUUCGGAGAUGCCGCUCAGCUGGAGAUCAUCAAGACACGCAAGUCCAAAAGCAUGGAUCUAGUAGCCGAUGAGAUUAACCUUACACCUCGUCCUGACACCGACACAGGUUCUUCCACUAAAGAUGUUGGACCUUCACUAGGGCUAAAGAAGUCCAGCUCUCUUGAAAGCCUCCAGACUGCUGUUGCAGAGGUCACCCUCAACGGGGACCUCCCCUUCCACAGGCCCCGGCCUCGCAUCAUAAGGGGGCGGGGCUGCAACGAGAGCUUCCGAGCAGCUAUCGACAAAUCCUACGACCGACCGGCGGCCUUAGAGGAUGACGACGAGGGCAUGGAGACUUUGGAGGAGGACACAGAGGAGAGUUCACGAUCGGGCAGGGACUCUGUUUCCACUGUGGCAGACCAGACCCCGCUGUCCCCAGGGCCAGAAAAGCCGCUGGUCAAUGGCACCAACCGCAGCAAGGAGGAGAAGAAGAAGGACAAAGACAAAACAGGGAAAGAGAAGAAGAAGCAGGACGGAGGAAAGGAGAAGGAAAAAGGAAAACCAAAGAAAGGAAUGUUGAAGGGACUCGGAGAGAUGUUCAGAUUUGGGAAGUAUCGCAAAGAUGAGCGGCCUGCAGAGAAGAUGGAUCGGAAAGGAUCGAGUAAGUGGAGACCAGAGGAAACGCAGGUUUCUGAUGAAGAAACGAUGAAGAUGAGGAUGGAGCAAGAGAGGAUUCAAGCCAAGACGAGGGAGCUGAGGGAACGCCAGGCUCGGGAACGGGACUACGCAGAGAUCUUGGACGUCGGCCGCACAUUAGACAGAUCCUCUGAGGAGGAUCAUACGUACUCCGGCGUCAACCCUCUGAACUUCUCCGUGGACAGCAGCCAUAGCCGGGCCCACAGCCCCCGAGACGAUUACCCCCACGUUCAUCACCAGCACCAGCUCUCUGACUCCCUCUACUCACCAGGCAGCAGGGCCCGAAACGAGCGGCCUCCAUCCACAGACAGUAACCGGCUAACUCCCAGCAACCAUGACCGGAUACAGAGGCUGAGGCAGGAGUUCCAGCAGGCCCAGAACGUUCCAGAAGACCCGGAUGAUCGCAGGAGGACCUACAGCUUCGAGCAGUCCUGGUCAAAUACCAGCAGCAACGGUCCAGCGGGGUACAGUCAGCCGGGUCGCCACUCUGUGUCUGUGGAGGUCCAGAUGCAGCGGCAGAGGCAGGAGGAGAGGGACUCCUUCGCCCAGGCGCAGCGGCAGUACAGCUCCCUGCCUCGGCAGCCCAGGAAGAACCCCAGCACCGUCUCUCAGGAUUCCUGGGACAAGGCGUACCCACCAGGAGACGUCUUCCAAACCGCCAAGGACAACCCCAGGUACUCCAGCUACCAAGGCUCCCGGAACGGCUAUCCUGGCAGCAGCGGCGGAGGAGGAGUUAAUGCCAGAGUCCUCCUGGAGGCUCAGGAGCUGUUGAGGCAGGAGCAGAGGCGCAGGGAGCAGGAAGCCAAAGGAAAAAGGAUGCAGGAGAGCAGUGGGAACAGCGGGUAUGAGGGGUACAUCCCCCGCCUGAAGGAGCCGGGGUCCCCAAAGGGCCCGUACCGACACGACGUCCCGCCUUCACCAUCACAGUUGGCUCGGCUGAACAGGCUGGGGUCAGAAAAGGGACGACUGUUUUAUUCCUGAGGAAAUUAGCAGGCUGAAGACUGAGGUUUCAAAUCUGAACACAGACUCUUUAGAGGUCUUAUAGCUUAGCGACGAUCUUAACGGUAUGUGGGUGUUUGAUGACCUGUACCAAUUAUCAGUCACCCUCCUACAACCUCGAGACGCCCGGUGCCUUCUCCACCCUCGUCCAGGACUCUGACUCAGAGACCCGGUGCUGUGACGGACCGACAAUCAGGCGAAGGAGUGGGUUCUUCUCUGAACCCACGGUGAGGCGGAGGUUUACAAGUGACGUUCCAGUGACUCGACCCACCUGGCAUCUUUUCGGUGUAGCACGGCCUUUUCAGAGAGCCGACGCCGUUUCUCCCUCUGAAGGAGAGAAAAUGAGGCAACAUGGAAAGAAAAAGCAGGCCACAGAGUGUGUGUGUGUUAUUAAUAAAAACCCUCCUCAUAAAUGAUUCAUAUCGUGUGUUAUCUCCUUGGAGGAGAGUCAGGCAGAGAGGGUAGGCCUCUGUGAUCCUCUGCCUGGCCCCUCUGCACGGCGCUGGGCUCCCCUCACCCGCCUCCCUGCCUGUCUGUCUGGAGCUCCAUCUUCUCCUUUCAUUCUUUCUCUCUCUGUUCAUUACGCUCCUUUUCUUCUACCUCAACACCUCCAUAUUCCUCCCCCUCCCCUCUCGCUCACAUCCACCACCUCCCUCCCUCCGCCUCUCUGUCGUCUCCCGAGUCGGGGCUCUGCACUGAAUUUUUCAUCAGAAGCCACCUGCUGCCUACCAGAGCCAAAGAACGCUGCUACUGGAGGCUCCGACGGAGGGCCGGGCUCCUGACAUGACGAGCCGAAUAAAAGCAGGAAUAGAGGAGGCAAGAUAAAGAUCGGCGGGGAGACAAUGUGUCUCUCUGUGUGAAAUUAGCAGCAGCUCUUUAUGCUGUUUUUAUAACAAAAGGCAAAAUUGUCCUCUGGAGUUAAUUGCUUCAAACUGCCAUAAUUGCUUUUUAUGGGGUUUUUCUACCUUUUUUAGCAUUUAGCAGAGACUCUGCAGUGCAGCUUUUUGAAAUCGAGGCAGCAGGUGGGGG